UCUGCGACCUCAAAGCAUACCAACCAGGGGAGAGAGCGCAUUGCGACGAGCGACAGAACACAGCCAGCGCUUAGCAGGAUUCACUCUCGACCGUGACGAAACUUCGACACGUUCCCUUAUCAGCGCAAGCGUGAAAGAAUCACGGCGUUCGCUUGGAGCCUAGGGGGACGAAUAAAGAGAGCGAGAGAAAUCCCGCCAAAACAACCGCAUCCUCGAAAACAAGUUCACUGCGAAUUCUUUUUUUUUGGUCCCCACCAGGAUAACUGUGUGAGACCCAAAAAUGUCGACGAUUGUGCCCAUCAAUCCAAAACCAUUCAUCCAGAACCUCGUCGGCAGCAAGGUCAACAUCCGGCUGAAGUGGGGCGAGACGGAGUACCACGGCGACCUCGUCAGCGUCGACAGCUACAUGAACAUCCAGUUACGCAACACGGAGGAAUUCAUCGCGGGGAAGUCGAAGGGCGUGCUGGGGGAGGUGCUGAUCCGGUGCAACAACGUGCUGUGGAUCUCAGGGCUUGACGAAGGCUCGAAGAAGGAGGAUACGGAGAUGAGCGGCUGAUUCGUGAGCGGACGUUGAGUCCUCUGGUAUUUCAACCGACCUUACGGGCCUGGAUUGACUCCAUACACAGCUUGGAAGAUAGCCGGAAUGACCUUCUGCACGGGCCGCGGGUGCAAACCCUCACGUCCGUGCUAGAGCGCGACUUUGUAACGGGGGAGUGUAACUGUGUCUGUCUGUCUGUCUGUCUGUGUCUAGAACCUUUUUGCGGACGUCGGUUUGGGUUUGACGGGAGGCAGAGUGUCGUGCCAGUCACUGAAACCAAAGAAAGGAUCAAGAACUUCUGAACGAAUGUGUAAAUACGAUCGGCCUGUUCUUUAUGUGGCAGGUCUAAUAUCUGAUGGCGAUUUACCAAGGACGACUCUUUCUUUUCUUAGCUCGGCAAAGUUGCGUGCGUUUCCGCUUUGAGCAAGCAUUCACGGAACCGUUGAAUCAUGACCUUGGACAGAACGACAGACGAAGAUGCAGGCCUCUACUCCGUCCGGCGUUCGUCAAGCGAGUCAUCCUUGAUCGGCCGAAGUGGCACGAGAGCAUGUUAGUUUAUCACUUGUCCACACUCUUGUGCGGAGACGAAGUUAUCCAUAGCAGGACCUGGCC